AUGGAUGACGGCUAUCAGAAUGAAGAAUACUACAAUGACAAUGUGUCAGAGAAAAUAUCCCACACUGAGGAAGUGCACUCGGAGUUUGAACCUACAAAAGCAGGUAACGGGGAGAAUGAGAAGAAAUUCUCAAAGGGUUGCUCUGGUUCUGUAAUAAGGUGUUAUGUUCACACAACAGAAGCAAAAUAAAGGAGGUGCCCUUACCUAGGGAAGAUGUCUUAUUCCGAAGUGAAAUUUGCAACUCUGCACUAUGCCAUGUAGCCACAGUUCUCCAAGAGCAAUAAAAUUUCUUGCUGCAGAACUAGGAGGUUAUUGUGGAAACAUUGUAAGAAACAGUCACAUUUUUCACUACAGUUUAGUUAAUGUCAGCUGCUUUUUGCUAACGUUUGGCUUGCUGUAUAAACUUUCUUAAAAUGUAUAUCUGCUAAAAAGUGUCAGCUCUUAUAUAUCGAAACUUUUUUUCUCAGUUUUUAGAUAUGUGUUCCAAAGGGCUCAAUUUUCAAGAGUGAGGGCUGGAUGGUGGGACCCCUGUCCCACAGUGGGCAAAAGUUAGAAGCAAUGUCUAUAGGGAGACUACUAGUCAGCAGCCAUCAAAUUGACUGGAAAAGGAGCAGUUUAGUAUAUCUGGAAUCUCUUGGUACCUCCAAAAAGUAAAUCAAUACAUUAAACUGAAUUUGGGGAGAAAUAUUUGCCAAAGUGAAGAGGCUGACCUGAAACAUUGGUCAGGACUAGUGAUGGGGGUGGGGAAAGAAACUUGAUUAAAGCAACCAUAUUACUAGUUGAUUCACGUUCUCCAAGGCUUAUGUCUCACUAUCCCCCAAAGACAUUUCACUCAAACCAGGAGGCUCCAGAAGGUAGCCCUAGUAUUGCCUAUACAGUACUAAUACGCUCUUAAUAAAAUGCAAUACAUAAAUGUUAUAAAUGUAGGAAAAAAGGUAAAGGUAAAGGGACCCCUGACCAUUAGGUCCAGUCUCAGUCUCAGUCUCAGUCAGUUUUAUUGCACAUAGCCAAAGGCUGCCGCAAUGUACACAGAAUUAUUUGACAAUUAAAAGAAAUUAUACUGAAUUGGUAAAAAAAGACUUAAAACAUUUGUAUUAUUAAAACAUUACGUACUCUAAACAAAGCUAUAAAAGUACCCCAAUGUACAAAUAAAAACAUUAAACAAUAAAAUUCAUAAGCUAAAAUCAUCACAUGGUUACUAAUGUUAAAAACAGUAUCAAUUAAUACAGUGUGCAAUUUAUACUCAGAGUUUGGUGACAAAGAUAGAGCAUAGCCUGAGGUAGAUAGAUGGGAUCAAAUAAAUUCAUCUCCUUUACAGUUAAUGGCUACCUUGGCUAUAUAAUUUGCUCUAAUUUUCCUAGCAGCAGUUGCAAAAAGUGCUACCCGCCAGGUCACAUACUUAUGUGUGUCUGCAAGGAGAUAUAACAUCAUGUCAAGGGGGUUCUGGUCAGGGGACCCUGUCAUUAUAGGUACCAAAAAUCUUUUUCUUGCAUCAUGUGGCCAGCAUGACUAAGCCGCUUCUGGCGAACCAGAGCAGCGCACGGAAACGCCGUUUACCUUCCUGCCGGAGCGGUACCUAUUUAUCUACUUGCACUUUGACGUGCUUACGAACUGCUAGGUUGGCAGGAGCAGGGACCGAGCAACGGGAGCUCACCCCAUCGCGGGGAUUUGAACCGCUAACCUUCUGAUCAGCAAGUCCUAGGCUCUAUGGUUUAACCCACAGAAGCCACCAAAAGGGCUAUAUUCUCAUUGGUUUGUGUUACAGUUUCUUACCUGUGCACUGUAGAAAGAGAGGGCUGGAUGCGCACCCAUUCAGGGUGCAGCAAGACCCUUUCAUCCAGAAAAUCACAAAGCAGACAGUCUCUUAAAAGUGCUCUUUCCUCUCUGUAGAAUCAAUGAUUUUGGACCAGGGAUAUGAGAAUGCUGAGCCAGAAUAUGAGUACAUCGGGUUUUCUGGCAUACAGAUGAGAAGGCUACCAGACAACAGAGGGAAAGCAGAGCCAGGUGAAAGGUUCAAUGAACUUGACAAAUGA